CCGCGAGGCGCCGACGAGGGUGCACGGCAGGUGAUGGUGCAUGGUCCUCAGCGAACCACCUGUGCCUCAGAUAACUGGUCACCACCCAUUCAAAUAUUGCACAGUGCUGCCUCAGGACCAGGUCAGGGAGUGGCAGAACAAGUCCUUUCUUGUGCUGCCUCAGGACCAGGUCAGGGAGUGGCAGAACAAGUCCUUUCUUGUGCUGCCUCAGGACCAGGUCAGGGAGUGGCAGAACAAGUCCUUUCUUGUGCUGCCUCAGGACCAGGUCAGGGAGUGGCAGAACAAGUCCUUUCUUGUGCUGCCUCAGGACCAGGUCAGGGAGUCAGGAUUAGACUUUUUCUGUGCUGGCUUGGUGAGGGCGUGAAGGUGGUCCACUGAGGAUACUCUGGAGCAGUGUUACUUUAGGUGGCAGUGCAGACGCAGGAUCCGGAAUGGCGCUGUUUUUCUGAGCCUCCCUUCAUCAGCAGCAUGGUGUAGUACCGGUAAGUCUGUAGCUAGACAUUUAGAUGUUUUGAUUUCAAUGGAAUAUUCUGUGUAUUAGUGGAGUAAUUUGUUUCUAGUAUUAUUAUUUAUAUUUUACAGCAUCAUUAUAGAAUUAUUGUGAAUGCUGAUCAAUUAAAAAGAGAAAUCUA